GUUAGGCGAAGCUGAAUAGAGCUCAGCCUAAACGAAAAACUUGUUAUCGUAAAUAAAGCACGCGCCGCCGCGAUCUCACAUCUGAGAACGUAUUAUCCAUCGGGUGAAAACUUGUUAGCUUAAUUACACAGGUUUCUUAUAUGGCUGCUUCUUUUCCCGCCUUAGGCAAACCCAUGGCGGAUACCUCCGCCGCGGUCUCCACCCCUCCCACCAUCAACACCUCGAAGAAUCUGCGAGGGCUUAAUAAACCUAAGUGCAACCAGUGUGGUAACGUCGCUCGAUCUAGGUGUCCAUUUCAGUCUUGCAAAAGUUGCUGUGCCAAAGCUCAGAAUCCCUGUCAUAUACAUGUACUUAAAGGUCAAUCAAAUCUUCCAGAUAAAGCACCAUCUUUUGGCUCUCCUAUUGUAGACCAACAGCCCAAUGAUGCUUCUCACCCUGGGACUUCACACAGGCCUGCUUCAUUCCGUCAGCUUUCGACAAAUUUUGCUCAGUUCAAUAAUUUGCAAAGCCCACUCAGGUCAAGGAAGCCAAUAACAAGAAAGGAAGCAGAAGUUAUAAAUGAAUGGAGAUUUUUGAAGCUGAAGGAGUUCAGGGACAACAACAUCGAAAUUGAAAAUGAAGCGUUUGACCGUUACAUGCAAAAUGUAUCUUUGUUAGAGGAAGUCUUUGCAGUGAAUUCUUCACAGGACUGGCAAACUGACAACAAAUCUUCCACAGAAAAUCCUGAACCGUCCGGCGAAGAGGAAAAACUGGUAGCAGGGUUUAAGCUGCAGCUUAGAUCAGAUCCAGUUAGGAUUGAGAACACCAGAAAAAGGAUGCAAUGCAUUGUUGAGAAGGGGCUGCAUAAGCGUAGGAAGUUAGAGUCUGAUGAAGGCACCAAUGAAAAACUUCCCAAAAAUCCCGAGACAAAUGACAAAAAUAAUAAGUCUCCUCACGUCGAGUGGACUUCCGCAUUGAGUGAUUUAAUUGAUAAGUUAAAUGCAGCUCGAAAUGAGGAGGAUUUAAAAGCUUGCUGGGAGAUGAAAACCGAACUAUUUAAGAGGCGCGACCCAGAGAAGAUCCAGGUACAGUCUGAUGAUUGCCUCCGCCUCGAAGAAGAAGCUUCCUUCUCCUCGAAGGAGCCACCAACUCCAAAUUCAGGUUUUUCCCUAAAAGAAGAGUCUGGUUACUGCCCACCUAAAUGGUUUAGCAUGGCCACCAUGGAUCAAGAGGAGUUGUCUCGGGUUAGUGCACAAUUUGAUUCACUUGAAGAAAUUGAAAAGUUAUAACAACUAAGGACGGUUCUUGUUGUAAUUGCUCUGUAGUGUGGGGCUUGUGGUAUUAGGUAGAAAAAAAUGUGUAGGUUUCAAUUAUUAGAUUUUGAUACUCCGUAUUAUAUAAUUAUAUGAAGACGCUUUUGAUCGAUCGGAUCUCCUUGUUACAACAAGUUAAGCCCGUUAACGUGGAUGUCCCCCCCUCUUUAUUGUAAAAACAUUGUACAUUUUGUUUCUUUAUUUUUCUGUGGAGGAAGGAGAUACUAACAGUGUGCUGGUUAA